CACAAUGUACACAAUGGCCCGAGGGCAAUACAAAGUCGUACACCGGAGAUGCCAGAUAGGAAAGACUGAGUGGCACAAGAGUGAAGGCGUCUCAUCCAGCCAGCGUGGUUCUUCAACAGCCCUCAAUGACUAAUGAGGCAUUUUGCCUGAAUGGCAGAAUGCACCAAGGCUCCGCCGCAGUGCGGGUCUGCCUCAGGCCCAAUCACCAUGGGGCGCAGCACUCUCACCGCCUGUUUCUGCCAUCCACCGUGGCUCUCAGUCGGUUGGAAACGGUGGUGAAGCCGCCCGGCAAGACACCGUGACGUUGUGGUGCCGCUGUUCUCAACCCACCGCGCCCAGUCAAUUGCAAAACAAGACAACUACUGCGAUCGGUGUUCUCGGGCCGGCUCAAGCUCUACUUUGACAACCGCCCGCCGACCGCACAUUACUGGCGCGAACAGUCGUGCUGGUACCAAAGCGAAUAACCAUGUCUUCCGGGUUUGUGUCCGCCGGAACGGACCAGGAGCCGGUUCAGCGCGACGAUGAAUGGCAUCGCGUCCAGCAGGAGCUCGAGGAGGAGCGAAGGCGCAAAGCCGAGUUGGGAAGGCAGGAAGAUGGCAAGAGCUUAUAUGAGGUCCUCCAGCAGAACAAAAUGGCCAAGCAGGAAGCUUUCGAAGAGAAGAUGAAAUUAAAGAACCAAUUCCGUUCGCUGGACGAAGACGAGGUCGACUUUCUCGACUCCAUCAUGGAAUCCACCCGGGCCAAGGAAGCCGCGGUCAAGAAGGAGACAGCCGAGCAGCUUGAGGUGUUUCGUCGACACCGUGAAGAGGUGGAGAAAGUCCUGCUUGAGGAUACAGCUGCAGAUGUUACCCCGGCCGCUGAAGGAGAAGAUUGGAAAAUCCCUGCACGCAAGAGACGGCGAGAGAAGAGCAAGGAUCUUCUUAUCCCCGGCAAAAAGCGCAAGUCUCUGGGCGGUGAUCUUACUCCGGAUCAGAUCGCGGACAAGGAUUCCAAUAGCAAUGGCCAGAAGAGCAAAUCAGAGUCAACACAGAAGAAGCCUGAGGAGCCAAAACAACCAGCGAAUUUGCCUGUCGCAGAAAAGCCUAUCAACCCUCCGCAGACGAGCCCGGACCAGCCUGCAUCGAAACCAGCAGCAAAACCCGCUUCGCUGUCACUUGGUCUAGCAGACUACGGCUCCGAUUCGGAAUGA